CUCACUUUUUACUCCGGAUUCCGAUCGUGAAAAGGAAGUUUUUCCAUAGGCGAAGAAAGUCCCGCUGGGCCGCCUUCUGUAACCCUGCAGCUCACUCUCCCGAAGAAUGGGUGAUUGGAGUGCAUUGGGUCGUCUUCUGGACAAGGUUCAGGCCUACUCUACCGCUGGAGGAAAGGUCUGGCUGUCGGUUCUCUUCAUCUUCAGGAUCCUGGUGCUGGGUACUGCGGUGGAAUCAGCCUGGGGAGAUGAACAGUCUGCUUUCAAAUGCAACACCCAGCAACCUGGUUGUGAAAAUGUCUGCUACGACAAAUCUUUCCCCAUCUCCCAUGUUCGUUUCUGGGUCCUUCAGAUCAUCUUUGUGUCAACACCGACGCUCCUGUAUCUGGCUCAUGUUUUCUAUCUGCACAGGAAAGAGCARAAACUCAACAGAAAGGAAGAAGAACUUAAAGCCGUACAAAAUGAUGGAGGCGAUGUUGACAUACCACUGAAGAAAAUUGAGAUGAAAAAAAUGAAGUAUGGGAUUGAAGAGCACGGCAAAGUGAAGAUGAAGGGUGCCCUACUUAGAACCUACAUAGUCAGCAUUUUUUUUAAAUCUCUGUUUGAGGUGGGCUUCUUGGUGAUCCAGUGGUAUAUGUAUGGCUUCACGUUGUCUGCGGUCUACACAUGUGAACGGUCUCCAUGCCCACACAGGGUGGACUGUUUUCUGUCCCGUCCAACGGAGAAGACCGUUUUCAUCAUCUUCAUGCUGGUUGUCUCUCUAGUUUCUCUGUUGCUUAAUAUCAUUGAGCUUUUCUAUGUUUUUUUUAAGAGAAUUAAAGAUCGUGUAAAGGGGAAACAACAGCCYGCACUCUAUGCCAGUGGAGGCACUUUGAGUCCCACCCCUAAAGAACUGUCCACCACAAAGUAUGCUUACUAUAAUGGCUGUUCCUCCCCAACUGCUCCCCUAUCACCUCUGUCCCCCCCAGGCUACAAGCUGGCCACUGGGGAGCGGGGAACCAGUUCAUGCCGAAAUUAUAAUAAACAGGCCAAUGAGCAGAACUGGGCGAAUUACUCUACAGAGCAGAACCGGCUUGGCCAAAAUGGUGCUGGAAGCACUAUUUCAAACUCCCAUGUGCAAGCCUUUGACUUUCCUGACGAUACACAUGAGCAAAAGAAACUUCCGUCAUCAGUAGGACAUGAUCUCCAACCUUUGGCUUUAAUUGAUGCCAGGCCUUGUAGCCGUGCCAGUAGCAGGAUGAGCAGAGCAAGGCCAGAUGACCUGGAUGUGUAAAGCAAGGUUUUGCUUAUUUCCAUGUCUGUCCAACUGACAAGAUUUACACUCUGCAAGCAGAAAAUCAGGCAACGAUUGAGUGCAUAUUCAUUUCAUAGCUGGGACUAACACAGUCACAGUGCUUAGUUUAGACACUCCUUCAGAGAAAUAGCAAAUCUAAUUGAAAUUAAAAUUUUUGUAAGACCUUUUAAAGGAGUUUCAUCCAUUUUAUUUUGGAGUAUUUCUGUAACUUUUCAUGAUAUGAAACAGCCAUAGGAAGUUUUAGGAGUCUAAACCACGCUCACAUUAAACAGAUCAAAGCCUAAUUUUAAAGCCCAUAGCAAAUUUUAAACACUACUGACAAAAGCCACAGAGUGGGGGCAAAAAUGGUUUGUCACCAAUAGCAAUGUGUGAUUAUUUCAUGCUUGUGCUUUAUUAGACUCACUGACAGGUCCCAGGCACUAACCAAAUACCUGGUGUGUCAGAUAAUUCUAAGUAGUUAAUGAAGAAGGAGCAUGUAGGGAGGGGUCACCAAGCCGCUAUGGCCUGUGAGGGAAAAUGRCUGCAACAAUCACAUGAGAAGAAAAGGAAAAAAAUUGCAGCCACAACAAACACAGGGAAUAGAAGCGAUGUGCUUGGAGGCAGGAAUACUGACACAGUACUUCUUGGAUGUUUUCAGAUAGCACAGCAUUGUUAAAACACUGUACCUUUAACACAUUGAAUAUAGGAUGUGCACUAAAAGGUCAGGUAGUGUACACAAGGGAACAAUCGGAUGACUCGUAGCAUAGUAUUAUGCAGGGUUUUUUUCUUUUAAACUGUCACUGAUUAGUUUGAAGACAAAGAAGCGGACAGGUGACACUGGUUUUCUGGAUUUGUUUGGUCAUUGCUGUUCAUUUUCAGGUAAGAACGCUCCUAUACUUUGAUGCAUUACAUUUGCAUGCCAUUAAGUGAUUGGAACAUGAUCAUGAAUGAACCGGUAGGAUGAUGGUUUGGAAUGCUGUGGUAGAAAUAUGGGGUUUUUACUUACCAACGCAGAUUUGUUCUUAUACUUUGCCUUUUACCGAGAUCAUUCAAUAUAAUUAAUAGCCAUGCUUACCCUGUAUUGCCAAACUGAUUUUGUCCACAUUCAGGGCUGAACAUUUGUUCCAGUCAUUGUCUCCUUCUCACAUGGAAAACUUCAGUUGGAUGGUUUUAUGACUUGUGUCAGUAGACAUGCUGCGGUGUUCAUGAGGAAAGGGGAACCUGGAAAGGAAAGCACCUUUCAACACGCUACUGCUGUGUAUCAUCUCAAAACAAUACUCCAUCAACUCCAAAUAGGCAGAUUUAUUGAGAGUAAAAACUAUUUUUUUCUUUCUUUUUUUGUGUUAAAUUCCAACAUUCUCAUUCACCAGAAGUGGUAACUCCUGAUAAACUUUGAAUAAUUUUGGUGUUAUACAUUUCAUUUUGUAGUCUCUUCUUUUCGAGGUACACAUGAAAGUGGCAGGAAUUGCAAACAGACAUAUCACUGCUUGUUUGUGGGUUCCUUAAAGAAAGACUUUAUUAGAUUUUAUUAACAUCAUUUAUUUAAUGACCAUUGUUCUUCUUUUUUUUCAUUUCUUUGUCAGUAGUAUUUAAAAAUGUGUUUUAGAUACUUGAGUGAAUGUUUUUUUUUCCUUGUUUAACUCAUUGCUGCUUGAGAAAUAGAUAUUUAGUACUGUAUAUCAAGCUAACUGUGUCACAAUAAAAAUGUGAAGUGUUUGGAAGGCUGGUCAUGGAUCUGGACUAAUAUUUAGUCUUCUCUUACCUUAAAUCCAAAUCAUUUUAGUUCCACAACUGUCAAAACUAGAUGAAACUUUAUUUGGGGAGUUUUUUGCAACUUUAUGUCAAUAAUUUUGUCGGUACUGACAAGGAUCUUUUCAUUUACAAAGGCAUUUGCACUGAGAUCUUGCUGUUAAAAGAUGUAACUUGAUGCAAAUUGUAUGUGAAGAGUUUUCUGAUAAAUGUUACUAAUUUAUUUUACAACACAAAGCUCAAUUCUAUUCAAUAUAACAGACAACUGACCAUUUUUAGUUAAUUGAUUUGCGAGAUAUGUCUUCCACUCUGACUGAACAGAAGCAAGCAUUAGACAUGUUUACCCAGGGGAUCUGCUAUUGUACAAAGUAAAACUGGUAGUAAAAAAUUCUUCUUAUUAACUGCACCUGUGAAAUGCUAUCUUAACCAAUAAAUGUUCUCAGUUCUCA